AUGAAAUUUCUCGCAAUUUGGAGUCUCCCAAUCAAUGUUACUCUCGUUCUACUCUUUGCAGCUUCUAACACAGAUGCCCAUAGAUCGUGCCAUGCCGAUAUUGCAUUUGUGGUGGACAACUCUGGAAGUAUCAAGGGAGAGGAAUGGGAAUUUGGCCAUGAUCUGACCACUUGGAAGCCAGUGAAUUGGCUCUUCGUGCUUCAAUUCAUUGAAGAUCUUAUCGUCAGCAUUCGCAAGAUCAGCAAUGAUGCCUCAUUUGGCAUUGUCGAUUUCUCCAACAAAGCUGAACUCAUUCACGAAUUCAUCGACUCUCAGAGAAUCGAAGAUGUUGUUGAUAAAGUUCGAAAAAUGAGAUUUAAAAACGAAAACACGAAUACGACGGGUGGAUUGAAGCUGGCUCGAACCAAGUUGUUCGGUCAGAGCAGAUUCGUGCACACCAGGAAGAAGAAAGUGAUAAUCCUGAUAACGGAUGGGAUGGCGACGUUCGAUGUUGACCAACUGCCUCAAGAACUGACUAACAUCCAGAACAUGGGCAUCCUGGUACUCACCGUCGGCGUCACUAAUCAAGUGGAGAACACAUUUUUGAGCCGCCUGUCUCAGAACAACUUCUUCAGAGUCGACGAAUUUUCACAACUGUCUCAACUCGUACCCAGGAUCGUCACACCGGCCACCUGCGAGUUCAUUAACACUCUCAUGACCCAACCUUCAACCCCCAAAACAACAACCACAGCCAAACCGACUACUACCACAGCCAUUCCAGAGGUUAUCAGAGAGUUCACGUGCUCCUCCUCCGAACACCUCAUCUUCAUGAUCGAUGCCUCCAAAAAUCCGGCCCAUCACAAUUACGACAAACAAAAAAAUUUCUUGCGCAACUUCAUCGAUCAAAGUAACUUCGAAGACGAACGACUUAAAAUAUUUUUCGUGCCUUUUUCUGAAGCGAAGCAAAAUGAAAAUAUAUUUCUAAACAGUACAAACGUAAUUGCAACCAAGUUGGCUGCUCAGAAGGCAAUAGACAGCCUACCAUACCUGGGUGGUGUGAAUGAUUUGGCCAGUGCAGUUAGAACCGUUCGAAUGAGAAUAUUUGACUGGAUGAAAUCAAAAGAUAACAAGGUGGUGAGAGAUGGAAAAUUCACCAUAAUUCUCAUUUCUGGCAAUGGAAGGCCGCUUGACACUGAUCUCGCAACAAAGGAGUUCUUCGAGACAAAAAAAGAAGGAAUAAAAGUCAUCUCAAUAGGGAUUGGCAACUUUUGUAACAAGGAUGUUUUUUAUACGUUUGCUAGUCAACCGUGGGAAAAAAAUUUUUAUUUCCUAACCAGCUUCCUUGAUUUAAAUCAAGCUUUUGCCUGGGUUUUAUGGAAUGCUGUCUGUUCCUGUGACAACAGAGCAAGCAACGUGGUCUUUUUGGUGGGAGCCUCCUCCUUAUACCAAGUGGACGAGUUCAAAAAAAUUAUGACCUUCAUGAGAACCUUUGUCAUGUCAUUCAGCACGGAGAAAUACAACCGCAUUUCUCUGAUCACCCUGUCAGAUGGACACCAUGUGCUUGUGAGACUCAACGAGUCCAAUGAACUUAAUAACACGCUAGAAGCUCUCAAUAGCUUCAGUCCUAUUGGUGAGACUUUAAUGGCUGAGGCAAUAAAAUCCGCAAUGAAAGAAUUAAGCCUGACUAACGAACUGAACAAGAAUGUGGAUAGAGUGAUUGUCAUCAUCAGCGCCAUUCAUCCGAAUGAUUUGUUGGAAUCUGUUCAGCAGGCAAGCCUGGCGAAGGACGAUGGCAUUCAGAUUAUCACUGUCGGCAUUCAGUCAAGGUACUUCAAACUCAGCAAGUUCAAUCUUUUGGCUAGUUACCCGUCCGCUAACAAAAUUUACGUCAAGACGACGGAUAUGAUGGAUAACAAUUUAGCGAAAAAAUUAGUAAAUUUUGCUGGCAAUGUGGAAGACGAGUGCUCCAGCAGGCCCUGUCAGGUUGGAACCUGCAUCGACCUCAUCAACUCUUAUUCCUGCUCGUGUCCGAAGGGCUUCAGUGGAACCAACUGCCAAUUUAAAAUGGACAAUAGAGUAGAUUUGAUAUUUAUGGUUGACAUGACCACUGGCGUGAAGCAGAACGGCUUCAACCAAAUAAAGGACUUCAUAAUGAAAAUCAUAAGUAUGUACCAGAUAGCAUCUUCCAUGGACACUCGAGUUGGUUUGCUCACCUACAAUGAAAAACCGUUAAUAAGAUUCCAUUUAAACAAAUACAAUUCAUCGGAAUCUCUAUACGGAGCCGUCAGCAUGAUUCAGUACAAUGCUACAAAGGGGCAUGAUUUAAUGAAAGCCCUUCUUGAAGUGGAAAAGAUGUUCACUAAAGAGAAUGGAGACAGACCGGAUGUACCGAACGUCGUCAUUCUUAUUCAUAACGGCAGAAUGAUUAGUAGGAAAGGUUACAAGAGUCCUGAAAUACAGCUGUCUUCUCGAAUAAGAGGCGAUUCCAACCUAAUGAUGAGCAUUGCAGUAGGCAUGGAUUUCUACAAAUUUGUGUUGAUGAACUACGCAUCGUACGGAGUGAACAGCAUUAUGAGUACAGCCAAACACUCAGGACUGAUUCAACUGGCCGAACCUACUUUCAAGACGACUCUUAAAGAUUUGAACGUUUGUGCCGGCAACCCGUGCAACCGAGGCACAUGCACUCCCUUCUUCAACUCCUUCACAUGUCUCUGCCCAACUUACUCGUCGGGUCUGAACUGCGAAAGACAAUGCUCUGCUGUUCAGGAUAUCGCGCUGUUGUUGGACCUCUCAGGUGCCGCUGACCAGUCAACAAUCAUCAGCUUUGCAACUUCGUUUGUAUCAGGACUACCAAUUCAGUCCAAUGCUGUUCGUCUAGCGGCCAUUUACUACGGAAAACAUGCAAAAGUAGCGUUUAAUUUAAACAGCUACAACAACACGAGACAGGUUUUGAAUGCUUUGGCUGUACCUCAUGUUUCUGGUCCGGCCAAUACAAUCUUCGCUCUCAAUUUGGCUUUCUCAGAUGUGUUUAAAGCCAGCAACGGUGACAGAAAAGAUGUUUCUAACAUUGUCGUUGUUGUCGGCCAUGCAAUUUCUAAAAUUGCCGAUAAUAUUAAAAAUAGCAAAUAUUACAACGACAACGUGAAAAAGUUUGUUAUCGAAAUCACGUCAAGUUCUUUGUCAGCCGCCACUACCGAAUCAUCUAACAGCUUGAAUGUAUUCAGAGCCAAAGCUGAUGCACUUACGACCACCAGUGAAAAGCUUUUGAAUACGAUUUGUAAUUUAUAGACCUUAAAAAUAAAUUUCAUCAAAAUUAAUUCAUUGUUUGUUGAUGAACUUGUUUUGAAUGAAUAACUUUUUGAUAAUGUUGUUUAUCUGUCCAUUGUUUGUUGAAUCAUAAAAUUUAUUAAUUACUCAAAAUAA